AUGUACGGGCACGUCUUUCUCGCCGUCAAGGAUUGCGUGGUGAGCAAGUUCGGCGAGGCGGCCUGGCUCAAGAUUCUCGCCCUCUCCCGUGCCGCUCCGGCCGGCGGGGGCGAGUUCAUCGCCAUGCAGGCCUACGACGACAAAGGCCUCUACGACGUCGUCGCUGCCGCCUGCAAGGUGCUGAACGUGACCGCCGAGACCGUGCUGGAGAUCGCCGGUCGCCACUUCAUCGCCUACACGCACAAGAAGACGGCCCACGGCCAGCUGCUGGAGCUGAUGGGCAACAACCCCAUCGACAUCCUGUGCAACAUCAACAAGCUCCACGCCCACCUCCUCAAAGUGGCCCAUUUCCCCGAGAUCGCAUCGCCCACCUUUCGUUGCACCAACAAGAAGGCCAACAGUGUGCGUCUGCACUACACGCCGGGCAAGGAGUCGCGAGUCGGGCUGGCGCCCUUCGUCAACGGCGCGAUUCGGGGUCUCGUGGAGGACAUGCUCAAGUGCACCGACGUCACCGUAGAACAGAUUAAGAGCCGGGAGAAGCACCAGACCGACGUCUUCCUCAUCACCUGGGCCUCGCCUGCGAGAUCCGACGCGGACGAGGACAGCCCAUCGACAGAGCUUUCGACCCUGAUCGACGACCUCAUGCCGGUCAAGUACGGACUUAGCGCCAAGGGCGUAUCCCGCCUCUUCCCCUUCCACGUCGCCUUCGACAAGGAGUGCAACAUCGUCCAAGCUGGCGCCUCGUUGCAAAAGGUGGUGCCAAUGGAGCAGGGUGACCCAAUGUCGCAGCACUUCGCCAUCAAGGACCCCGACACCUGCGCCUUCCCUCAAUUCCGCGCCAUCCACUCCAAGCGAAAGCACACCCCGUUCACCCUCGUCCACCAGUACGACGACCAAAAGCAGCUCCUGCUAUGCGGUGAGAUGGUGUGGUACAAGGCCAAGUCGGUGAUGGUCUUUGCGUGCAGCCCCGUCCUGCAGACCCUGGAGGAAGCCAAAUAUUUUGGCAUCGACAUCUCCGACUUUGCGCUGUGCGACCAGGCCCAGGCGCACCUCCUCAUUCAGCAUGCUCAGUCGACGAAGGAAAAGGAGGACGGGGGUGCUGGAGCGGCGGCCAAAGAGGACUCGAGCCCCAGCAGCAAAGACGAGGGCAGCGGAAGCCGAGGAGACAGGAAAGCCGGACUCCUCCGCUCCUUCUUCAUGCCGCCAGUAUCGCCGCGUAAGAAGGAGAGCACCCACCCUCUCAAGAUGUCGAGCGAUAGCAACGGCCACGACUUCAGCCUCGACUCCAGAACUCCUCCUGAUGCGUGUCCGCUGCAUGUGCCACGACUCAACCUGGGCGAUAAGAAGCGGAGCAACCGUACGCUCAAGUUCAUGCUCGACUCACAGACCCCGCCGGCCUCGGCCACCACCGCCCCCGAAAAGAAAACCUGUCCUCCUCCCAAACCCGCUCCAAUCAUUCGCAAUCGCGUCUACCACGCCUUCAGCGAGGCACUGCUGUCGGAUUCGUGGGACCGGUUCAUCUUCAUUCGCACGCUCCUCAAUUCGGUGCUCAUGCAAGAGGGCGGCGAAGAAAUGAGGAAGGUGUUCGAAGGCGUGGUCCGAUUGAAUCGCGAUGCGGGCAAGAUUCGCCACCUUCUUGAGUGCACUCUCGCCGCCGACAUCAAGGCUCACAACCAAGAGGAGAUGGCCCUGUUGUUCCGCGGCGAAAGCGUCGGUGUGCGGCUGUGGAGCACCUUCAUGGGCCAGGAGGCCAACGAGUACCGAUUAUAUUGCUCGCAGCCCCUGUUCCAGGCCGUGGAGGCCUUGGACCGGCCCCUCGAGAUGCACCCUGGGCGAGUUACGAGCGACACGGAGAGAGACGCGAACGCCAAGAAGCUCAUCGGCCUGGCGCAGACCUUCCUCGACCACGUCUGCGCAUCAGCCGAGUUCUGCCCCGUGUACGGCCUCCUCACAUUCCUUCAUUCCUCUGUGCCCUGCCAGGCCGAGACCCUCACGCGGGUGGUUGACCUGUGGGUCGGUCGGUCGUGGUGGAGGGCCAUCGCCAGCCUUCUCUUCCUCCGCUUCCUCUCGCCCGGCAUCGUCAACCCUGCCGCCAUCGGCCAAGAGGUCAAAGAGGGCACACCGCGUACGCUGUUGCUCGUGUCCAAGAUGGUCAACAACCUCAUGAACGAGGUGGCCUUCGGCGACAAGGAGCCCUUCAUGCUGCCCCUCAACAGCUUCCUCAACCAUCAGAACAAGGAGGCCGUCCAGCGCUUCGUUCAAAACCUCACCGACGAGGAGGCGAUCGCGGGCGCUGCGUCAACUCGCGGGGCAGUCGGGCAGGCCGCUUCAGCGGCAGAUGCCGGCGGUGGCGCGCCGGACGAAGCGGUCGGCGGCUACCGAACGUCGAUGGCCGUCGACGCCAUCAGGGAGGCCCUGCUGCGCCACCACGACGCCAUGUGGACCAGCGCUAAGGAGCAUCCCUCCAUCGAGGCCAAGCUGCGCCGGCUCCUCACCGUCGCGCUCUGCGAUAUGCCCACCGAGUACUGUUGA